AGUUGAACUUCAACCUAAAUUAUUUAUAAACAGUAAACAACAAGUUAACCCUUAAUGCACAAAUGGAAACAAAUGUAUAUAAGGGAAAUGAAACUACAUUUCUGAACCAACCUUCCUACAGGGCAUUUAACAAGUCGAUUGAGCACUCCGACGACUCACUUUUUACUUUCCUAAACGAUGUCGAUUCCGAGUUGUUGAAGGACGAACAAGUCUCGCAAUCGCAGGUUUUUACAUCAUAUAUCUCCAGGUUUACAGCAAAAGAUCCACGCACUCAGCAAUUGAUAAGUUUCGCCAUCUAUGAUCACACAACGAAUCGGUUGCCAUAUGAUUUUCCCAAUCCGCAGGAGCGAUAUUCUUCGUUAACUGCCCCACAGCAGGCCGCCUGUUUACGCUUGCUCCUUGCCUGGCAGCAAAACUUGGCAGAGAGCGAGGAUGACUUUAUCGUAUGGCGUGUCACGAAUGGCAAGCGGUUAAGCGAGCAGCAAUUGGUACAAAAGCACAUCUUUGACUAUGCCAAUGCGCAGAAAGAACGAAUCUACGCGCCGAUGAAACCGCUGGUUGUGCUCUAUGGCAAAUGGUUCAUGAGGAGAAUGCAACAUCUGCUCCGGAGACUACCCAAUCGUAGCUACUCAACUCAUUCGGGUCUGCCACAGCUUUCACAAUGCAAAGCUCUCCAUGCACAGGUGGCCAGCAUGGAGGACAUCCACAUGAUCUGUCACCGGGGCCAGGUCAGACUGUGGCCAGAGGUGCGGAUACCAGAGCAGGAGCUGAGCAAUCUACGCGUCCGAUUGGAGCGCUAUGCAUAUGCAGGAUCAGCUGAUGAGCCCGCUUCCCAUCUGGUUGCAGCCGAUCUGGAGCAGCAGCUGCAACAAGCAUGCAACGAUGUGUAUGUGUUGCCCUUGGAAUCGUUGCUGUUGCUGUUGAUACCCGGCGCAUAUGCUGACUUGCCCACAGAGGUACUAGUGAGCAUUCGUGAGAUGCCAGACAGUGGACACAAAUGCAUUCAAUUCGAGGAGCCUAUGCCAGCGCGCAGCUGCGGCUGGCACACGAGUAGCCGCCUCUUGACGACUGCCUAUGCAGCCUAUGGAGCAGCUCAGUGGCUACAGCUGCCCAGUGAUGAGUACCAAAGAAAAAAGCAUACGGUCUCACAGAACUCAGAUACGUUGCACCAUCGUGAGGAUAAAGCUAUAACGGAGUAUAAACUCCUGCCAAUCGAUGAGGAAGCUCCAGUUGUGACUGAGGUGAAAACCAACUGUGCACUAGUCAGCUGGAGGCUACGAGCUGCAGAGUCAACGAAGAGUUUGUCGAUCUAUAGCAGCCUCUCAGUUGCAGCUGUACGCGAUGCUGCGGCCAAACAACUCCUUGGCUGCCACCUCAUCAAGCUGGAGAGUAAGCCCGAGUGUGGCUGCGAAAUUAUGACGAAAUACGAGAUGCUCAGCGUCUGGCUGCAGCUUCAACUUCUCCAAAGCAACGUGGGGCAUUGCUCACGCAUUUCUUUGCAAGACAUGCAGCCGCUGUUGGAACAGAAGGUAACGCUGAGUACAUUGGCACAGCAGCUCUACGAAUGCUAUAACAUGAACGUCGCGCAGCUGCUUAGUCAGCUAGCAGAGUUCCUUAAGAUGCUGUCUAGCAUAUCGCCCGGGGAAUACCUUCUACGCUAUACCAGCAAGUACAAGGAUAUGUUUUUGCUCUGUCAAACCACUGCGGACGACACAUCCAUGAGCUUCAAGCUACAUGAUCUGCUGAUGGGCACCUCCUCACCCAACAACAUCGACUUCCUCACACAGAGCAGCACCUAUUUGCCCAUUACGCCGCUGCUCUGCAGUCGACUCCACGAGCAGCUUCAGCUUCUGCCCUGUGCCUUUCCCGCCAAAGUGAAUCCCAAGAGGGGAAGGCCUCGCAAAUUUCCUAACAGGAAGCUCGAGGAACCGCGCCCGCUAAUCCAACGCGUACGCAUGAAAGAGCCAAAAAAAAAGAGAACUAAUCGCAAAAGAUGCCGCCAACGCAAAAAGGAUGCAGCCAAGUUGCAGAAGACGCUAGACAAUGAGCUGGAAAAAUUCAUGUGCCUUUAAAGAAUACUUUAACUGCAUUUAUUUCAUUUGCUGU